GUAGUAUUUCGGAUGGACCGUGAACGCAGCAGCUGGAGAGGAAGGAUCCUGUUAACCCUUCUGCUCUUAAGCUAACCGUUCUGAACAGCCCAGCUUUGUCAACAUGGUCUUGGAUGUUUUUAUUCAGGCCAUGCUCCGUUUGAUCCCCACCUCCUAACUUCCUCCCAGGCCUGUUAAUCAUUCCUAAUGGAGUGUUUUCUGGAGCCCAGCUAGCCUCGCUGCGGACAUUGUUUUCCUCGUAGCAACAAACGGCUAACCAACCAGUCGUUGUGUUAGCGAACAUGGCGAUUGUGUCUGGCUCCUGUGCCAGGGUGAACGGCUCCAGGAACGGACCGUCCGUGUCCGCUACCACCGCCCCUGGGUCGGUGGGACAGUCCCAGCCCAUGAUAGCGGUGUGGGAGUGGCAGGACGACCUGGGCUACUGGCGGCCCUACAGCGGCCAGGUUAGCGCCUACAUCGAGCGGUGUCUGUCAGCGCGCGGCCACCGAGGAGCCGGAGCAACCAGCAUCUGCCUCGGACAGUCGGACCCCAGCCUGUCCCCCUACCUCAUCGACAUCCCAAGCUUGAAGCAGUUCCGGCAGGACACAGGAAAGACGCGCUCGGUGCGCCGCUCCCUGUUUGCUCAGUCCUCUGGCCUCGGCAGUGGCGUUUACUGGGAGUGGGCCAACGACGAAGGCAGCUGGACCCCCUAUGAAACUAGAACUUCCAUCCUUCUGGAGCACAGCUAUCAAGCUCGCCAAGGCACGGCGGACUUGGGCCCCCAUGGAUAUAAUUACAUCGUUGAUCUUACUUCUCUGGCCCAGGUCAAUAAAUCCACCGGGUUUAGGCGGCAGGUGCGGCGACAGUGCAACCUGCCCUACCCUCUGGCCACCUCCGGGCCCCCGGCCAUCCCCUCGGCCCCCGCCUGCUCCUGCCAGCAGUGUUUGAGCCACAGCAGCACGGGACCUAUGCCCAGCCGCUCUCGUCAUUCCUUCUCUUCCAAUAGUCUGACCCGACCCACCCUCCAAGGGACGGGGAGGGUCGCUGCUGCUCACCCUACUUCCGUCUACUCGCCCUACCCCAGAAGACCCCUCUCUGUGGGGGGAGUGUCUUGGGGCAGCCCGUGGCCUCCCCCGCCCUCCGCUGGACGAAUGCAGACGCCUCAUUUGAGCGGCUCUUCAAGUGCUAACGGGUUAAGUGUUCCUUCCAUCUCCGUGCAGCUGAACGGCUCCACCAGCGUGAGCUCUGCCCUGGCAGGCAUGGCCUCCAUUUUGAUGUCAGCAGUGGGACUCGGCGUGCACUUCACCUCCGCCCCCCUCCCUCAGCAGCAGCAGCAGCAGCAGCAUCAUCAUCAUCAUCAGCAGCCUGCUCCCUUCGCUCUUCCUCCUCCUCCUCCUCUCCUCCCCACAGCCAGCAGGCCCCCCAGCAGCAGCAGCAGCAGCAGUUCAGUUAGGAGAGCAAAGAGGCAGCACAGGAGAGCGUCGGCUCAGAGGUCUGAGGAUGUGAUUCAGCGCUACAUGGAGGUGGUGGCAGAGGUUCCAGAGGAGGGUCCGGAGCAUCCAAACCCCGGGCAGCCCUUCACCUGCAGAGGAUUCCCUCGCUUCUGCUUCCUUCCUGAUAACGACAAGGGCAGAAAGGUCCUGGAGCUGCUGAAGGUGGCGUGGAUGCGGCGGCUCAUCUUCACCGUGGGGACGUCCAGCACCACCGGGGAGCACGACACGGUGGUUUGGAACGGCAUCCACCACAAAACCGAGAUGAUGUCCAACCUGUCGGGCCACGGCUACCCGGACCCCAACUACCUGGACAACGUCCUGUCUGAGCUGGCCUCGCAGGGCGUGACCGAGGACUGCCUGAAACCGCCCGCCGGCAGCGGUUAGCUCCCAGCGUCGCCCACUUCCAUCCCACCGCUAACCUCCGGCUCAGCCUUUAGAGCCCAGUGGGUUCCUGUGGGUCCAAACGGGACGAAAGACAAAAAAGAUACAGACAAAAAAAAAAGAAAAAUAUCUCUGUGAAAAAGCUGCCUGGUUCAUACGCUGCUGCAUUCCUGCGAGACACAAACCCCAACAGGGGGGGGUGAGUCUGAUCGGUAGAACCUCCCACUGGAAAACUAGUGAUUUUCUUAGAUUUUUCCUGGUAUCAUUGUUUCAGCUGCAGUAGGAAGCGGAGCUCACUUUGGGAAUAAAAAAUCUCAUCAAGCACUUUAGUUCUGACAUGAAGAUUUCAGCUGACCGGUUACCGACCGGGAACACGAGCCGUCUGACAACAACACUAACCGUCAAGUAGCAACGUCAGUACAACCAACAGAUCUGAUGAGAAGAGGCAAUACUUCACCCUGUAAAUAAAGAUAUGAAUGCAUCAAAAAUAGCAGAGAAAAAGAAAUGCCAUAAAGUCGUGACUUUUCUUCAUUAUUUAGCCAUCCUCUGUGUAAAUCUUCAAAAUGGAGGAUCGUCUGCAGCUGUUUCCUCUUCUAAUGUCACAGUUGCUGUUGGAGGGAAUGAUGGUCCCGAGAAAUCAGUCGUUAUCGCCCCGUUUACACGAAACCUCUGAAACCGCGCCGAGUUCGGACCAAGCCUGGAUGCGUUAACCGUUCCGAGUUCGGGCCGAGCCUGGAUCAGUUAACCGUGCCGAGUUCGG